GCCUCAGCCCGCACGGCCUGCCGCCGCGCGAUGUCGGAUCGGAGGCGGCGGGCGUCAGCCAUUGUUGACGAGAAUGGCUAUGAGACCAUAUCUGGCCGCUGGAGGCCGAGGGCAGAUAGCACCGCAGCGCGCAGGCUGGGCUAUGCUGCGCGGACAAGUGGCUACAUCGCCCACAAGGACGUCAACUUGGUGAUGCAACGCGCCAACCAGUACCACGUCGAAAAGUCCGACGUCAAACAGCACGACAUCACCCAGUACGGCAAGUACGACAACAUGUGCGUCAAUUUCGACACACCGUGCGACGCAAGGCACGGCAAGGCCGAACAGCCCGAGGGG